UCGCGGUUGGCGAGCAGAACUGUUCGAAACGUUGGACCGAAAGGUUUACCGAUUGCGGCUGGCGCUGGCGGGAUCUUUGGCUGAGAAGCGUGGGCUAAACAGCUGAGAGUUGAGAGCCGAGUUGAAGACAGAAAUUCUUACGCAGACAGAGUGUUGUUCUCUGGGCGAGCUUUUGGAAGGGUCAUUUAAAGUUUUGAUCCCCUCUGGAGAGGUAGCGCUGCCGUAGAGUGGUUGCUGUAGUAGUGUAACCCUCCUAACCACAGUGUGUUCGUGCUCGCGGUUUGAAUAGGCAGUGAACGAAAUGUACGUGUCGUGGAUCGGUUCCGUGCACGGUUAGAGUCUACUUCUUCGUACUUCACGGCCGAAAACCGAGCGGGCAAGUAGUUCGUAGCUCGCAAUGGAUAAGUCCAAAAAGCCGCCGGCUACGGCCGGCGGUGGUGGAACCGGAGCGACCGGUGCCGGAGCGGCCGCACCCGGAGCUCCGGGUGGUGCCGGCGGUGGUGGCCCCGGCAAGGGACCGGGCGGUACGGCCGGCGGUGGUGGUGGCAAGGGACCGGGCGGCAAGGGCCCGCCGAAAGGAAAGCCCAGCGAUAGUGACGCACCGGGAGCCAGCGGUAAGGCGGAGGGUGAGCCGGGCAGUGCCAAGGAUGACGCCUCCGCCAACGGUGACAAAGCGAAGCCGGAUAAGGCCGACACUGAGCAGCCAUCGCAGCCGAAGCCUGGCAGUGCCGGUGCGACGGUCCGCGACGGUGCCCAGAAGGUUCUUAAUCUGGCGAUGAAAAGCGAAUGGGCUCCCGUUGAAGCUGUGCUGAAAGGCUUGGAAAAGGCGGUCGCCGCCGGCGGGGACGACUCCAAUCAAACCCCGCUCGCCGGGGUGCUCGAUCCGGCCACCGGCAUGACGCCGCUGAUGUUCGCCGUCAAGGAUAAUCGGACGCCCAUCCUGGACCGGAUGAUCGAGCUCGGGUCGGACGUCGGCGCCCGGAACAAUGACAAUUACAAUGUGAUACAUAUUGCUUCCAUGUACUCUAGAGAGGAUGUAGUUAAAUUACUUUUACAAAAGCGUGGAGUAGACCCAUACUCAACUGGUGGGUCGCGGCAGCAAACGGCCGUACAUUUGGUAGCUAGCAGACAGACUGGAACGGCGACGGCAAUUUUACGCGCGCUGCUAACGGCGGCCGGUAAGGACAUACGAACAAAGACUGAUGGUAAAGGCAAGAUCCCGCUCCUGCUCGCCGUCGAGGCGGGCAACCAGUCGAUGUGCCGGGAGUUGCUCUCGUCCCAGACGGCGGACCAGCUGAAGGCCACCACUACCAAUGGCGACACGGCACUGCAUUUGGCCGCGCGGCGGAAGGACGUCGAGAUGGCCCGCAUCCUCAUCGACUACGGUGCGAAUGUGGACGUGCAGAAUGGCGAGGGCCAGACGGCGCUCCACAUUGCGGCGGCCGAGGGCGAUGAGGCGAUGGUGAAGUACUUCUACACCGUGCGAGCCUCGGCAGCGAUCACUGAUUUUCAAGAUCGUACACCGAUGCAUCUGGCAGCUGAAAAUGGACAUGCGUCAAUCAUUGAAAUACUGGUCGACAAGUAUCGGGCCAGCAUCUACGAACGAACCAAGGACGGCAGCACACUGAUGCAUAUCGCCUCACUGAACGGUCAUGCCGAGUGUGCGACGACGUUGUUUCGCAAGGGUGUCUAUCUUCAUAUGCCAAACAAGGGAGGUGCACGGAGUAUCCACACCGCGGCCAAGUACGGCCACGUGGGUAUUAUCAGUACGCUGCUGAACAAGGGCGAAAAGGUGGACGUCCCAACGAAUGAUCACUACACUGCCUUACACAUUGCUGUUCAAUCGGCCAAACCGGCCGUGGUGGAGACGCUGCUCGGCUUCGGUGCCGAGGUGCACGUCCGCGGCGGCCGGUUACGGGAGACGCCGCUGCACAUAGCGGCCCGGGUGAAGGACGGCGACCGGUGCGCGCUGAUGCUGCUAAAGUCUGGCGCAGGUGCCAACAAAACGACCGACGACGGUCAAACGCCUGUCCACGUGGCGGCGAAGAACGGAAACGUGCUAACGCUCGACCUGCUGCUGGAAGACAACGGUGAUCCGCUGAUCAAAUCCAAUGUUGGUGAAACGCCCCUUCAUCUCGGUGCACGCAACUGCCACCCGCAGAUAGUGAAGCAUCUGAUCGACUUUGUGCUGAUGAAGCACGGGAAGGAGGUGCUGCGGAACUAUCUCAACUUCACCAAUGAGGACGGUGCGACGGCCCUCCACUACGCCUGCCAGGUCGUGAAGGAGGAGGUGAAGAAGCCCAACGGCGACCGGGACAUCGUGCGGAUGCUGCUGGAGAGCGGUGCGGACGUGGCGCUCAGCACCAAGUCGACGCAGGAAACGUGCUUCCAUGCGGUGGCCGUCGCCGGCAACAACGACGUGCUGACGGAGAUGAUCAGCCACAUGUCGGCGACGGACAUCCAGAAGGCGAUGAACCGGCAGUCGUCGGUCGGGUGGACC